GGGUGGGUGCGUGCCUGCCUGUGCUCCUGCUGGAAGGGACUUUGGGGGCUGGGCUAAGGCGUUAAUGCCUGCGAGCCCCUGUCCACAACCUAAGGUGUCCCAGAGGCGGCAGCAGCGCAGCCCCAACACCGGCCCAGCGCUCUCCUGGGCCUCAUCGUCUCCUCACCAGCCGGCGGAGCCCUUCCCAGGGCUGGUGGCCUCUCCUGGGCCGCGGUGGACUGUCCGGUCCGAUGGUCGCAGGUCGGAGUUGGACCAGUGCCAGUGAGUCCAGAGUCCUGAGACUGCCCGCGACCUAAGAGAGCCAGGAUCACCCCUGCGGGCGCCUGUGUGCUCCUCGCUUCUCCUAAGGUGCCUCUGGACUGGGGUUUCCCUGGAAGUGGGACUCAAAACCCAUGCAUUGGAGCCCUCCUCAGCUCCUACUCCGACAGGCUUCACGCCCUGUCUUCGGCCAAGUGCGUGUUUGUGAUGUGCUUCUGCCAGCACACAGCUAGUGUGCUGCUCCACUCACACCUGCCCCACCUUACCUUGAGCUGUGUGGACUCCCUGAGACCCCAGGCGAUGAGAUGUUCAGCUCUGCACUGGGGCGCUGUGCCCUGUGAGGUCUGCCCAGAAUUAAAGUGAGGGUGAUGUGAUUUGGGGCCUCCAAACCUUUGCCCUGAGACCAUGUGAGGAGAGGUGCCAGUUUUCUGCUCUCGGAUCCUGGGUCCUGGCCUAAGAGCAGGGCUCCUUUCCCGAACUGACUUCCCACCCACCUAACUGAUACAUCSUGUGAUCCUUGACCCAGACGGGACUAGCCGCACUGUCGUGGGCAUCGGUAGCAGACCCAAGCUCUGCUGUUGCCAUCCUACUCCACGUGCUCGCCAAAGACGCCACAGGAUGGAACCGAAUCAUCCAAACCCCAGCACCCUGCCUUGAGCCCAUGGUGGAGCAGGGCCUCAGUGACUGUGUGGUGACAGGUAGAAGCAGCGAGCCCUCAAGGUCAGUGCGGUUUCAGGGCCCGGGGGAAGGACGACUUUGCUGGCUGUGAGCCCAAAGGGAAGAAGAUGAAGUUUUCCUGCCUGUCCUUCCGGCAGCCUUAUGCCGGUUUUGUCUUGAAUGGAGUCAAGACCCUGGAAACGCGGUGGCAUCCCCUGCUGAAGAGCCACCAGAACUGCACCAUUGCCAUCCACAUUGCUCAGAGGGACUGGGAAGACAGCUCCUGGAGGGAGCUGCUGGUGGAGAGGCUGCAGAUGAGCCCUGGGCAGAUCCAGGCCUUACUCUGGGAAGGGGAGAAGUUUGGCCGAGGAGUGAUAGCUGGGCUCGUGGACAUCGGAGAAACGUCGCAGUACCCGGAAAACUUAGCUCCCGACGAGGUUGUGGAACUGGAAAAUCAAGCUGUUCUUACCAACCUGCGGCAGAAGUAUCUGACAGUGGUUUCAAACCCCAGGUGGUUACUGGAGCCUGUACCCCAGAAAGGGGGGAAGGAUGUGUUUGAGGUGGACAUCCCGGAACAUCUGAUCCCCGUGGCACACAAGGUGUGACCGCUGUGGGCUCCAGAGAGGAAAGUUGUUGAGACACCCAGUAAAUCAUGAAACAGACCCAUGAAAAUCAGGUUAGGUGUGAAUCGCCACAGCCCUCAGCACUGCUCGUGGACACAGAUAUUGCUAUGCUCACUAGAAGGGAACGGGGGAGGCAGACUUUCCCUGGGCAGUGCCUCCUUGGGCUCAUUGAGAUCAUGUGUGGUACCUUGACCUUCAGGGGACAGGCAAGGCCACCAGGAAAUGUCUUGGCAUUGCCCCUAAUUUUGGUCCAGCUACUUUCUAGAUUGUGCAAAUAAAUGUCCAGAUGGUAACUGUUUAGUGCUUGGGGCACCCUUGUGGGUUUUCCCAGCUCUUUCUUUGAGUCAGAGCUCUGGGGUGUAUGAAGAGCACCCAGGGGCAUGGUGGGMAGUCUGGGACCUGGCACUGAAUCCUGCUGGAGAAUGACCAGCAGUUCAUGGCCCAGUGCAUCCCAGGUGAAGAGAACAUUG